UUUUCUUGCAGUUUUCCCGUCUUAUUGAUAAAAUUAAAUUUCUUAUCAUUCCAGACGAUAGACUAUCUAAUUUAUUUUUAUCAGUUUUGUGUAGAAAAUUAAAUUUAUUUUAUUCUAUUUAUUUUCUUUGGUCAUUUAGUGUUGCUAUUUUUGUAAAUUUUCUUUGAGGAAGUUUAAUGUCUUCGAAACCGAUCCACAAAUUCCACGUCGAAAUGACUUGUUCUGGCUGUUCAGGUCAAGUUCAGCGUGUACUUGGCAAACUUGGGGACAAGGUUUCCAAUGUCCAAAUCGAUUUGCCUUCAAAAUCGGUUCAAUUGGAAAGUGAGGAAUUAUCGUCAGAACAAUUAUUGGAGAUUUUAAAGAAGACUGGGAAGGAAGUUAGAUUGAUGUAA